AUGAAGCGAACCCGGCGCGCCACCGCCGCCGCGGCGCCGCCCCCGGCGCCCCCCGCCGGCCGCACCGCCAAGCCAGGCCAGCCCCUGCCCACCACGAGCACCCAGCGCGUCGCUAGCGAGCCAGGCACCAACAGCAACGCCAGCCGCUCAGCUGGCCCUUCAUCUCCUUUGCCGUCCACCACUAGCGGCGCUCCGAGCGGCGACGACGACGACGGCCGCCUCCACGAGCUCGGAGACCUCAUCGAGGCCGGCCUCGAGCGCCUCGACGACGAGAAGCCGGGCGACGACGACCCGGCGGGCCCGCCGGCUGUUGAGGGCGCGCACACGCACGCCCCGCGGCGCCCGCCGGGCGGCGGCCGGCCGUGGGGCACGGGGAAGAAGGCCGGGCGCGCGGUGCGCGCGGGGAAGACGAAGGCGCUCGUGCGGCGGCACCUGAAGGGCGAAGACGACGACGGCGACGGCUUCGACGAGGGCGGCACGCUCGACCCGUCCGUGCAGCACGUGCUCCCGCAGCUGACGCACAGCAGCGGCGUGGAGAAGGCCGCGUUCCUGCGGGACCUGUCGCUGGAGUUCCUGCAGCCGUACUUCAACCUCACGGCGAGCGGCGCGGCCUCGGCGAUGGGGGUGGGGCUGACGGCGCUUAAGCGGCGGUGCCGGGAGCUGGGCAUCCUGACGUGGCCGAACCGCAAGCUGCAGAGCAUCCGGUCGCUCAUCCGCGAGAUCGAGGCCCGGAUCGCGCUCGCGAAGCAGAACGGCGUCGGGGAGAAGGACAGCGGCAUGGUCAAGCUCAACGAGACGCGCGCCCGGCUGCAGCAAGAGUAUGCUAAUAUAAUGAAUAACACGCGUGAGAACCUGUCGGACUUCGCGAAGGCCCUGCGCAUGGCCCGGUACAAGGACAACUACAACCGCAAGCACUCGGUCCCGACGAACGCCACCGCGUCGACGGCCUCGCGCUUGAUCCGGAAGAAGCUGCCGAAGGAGCGGCUGCCGCCCGCCGUCAUCAUCCAGCCCGUGCCGGGCGGCAAGCCCCUGCCCCCGGCCGCGCAGGGGCACCCGCCGCCGCCGCCGGCGCCGGCGCCGCCGAAGCCCGCGAAGCCCGCGCCGCGCGCUACACAGAUGGUGCGGACCAAGGGCGGGGGGGUGAGCAAGCGGUCGCACCCGCGGCCGGGGCGGCCCGUGGAGCGCCCGCCCGCGCCGCCGCUGCCGACGUGGAAGACGACGCGGCCGCGCACGGGGACGAGCGCGUCGGAGGAGAGCACGGGCGCCGGGGAGGAGCGGCGGUACCACGCGCGCGCGCGCCACGAGUCGCUGCUGCCGCUCGCGGCCGCCGCCGCGGUCGUGGGGGAGCUGCGCGAGGAGGACUCGAUGGACCGCGACGACUCCGGCGGGUGGCUGCCGAUGCGCCCCGCGGGAUACGGCACGGCGGGGGCCGGCGGGAACACGUGCACGGACGCCCGGUUCGUACCGGCGCCGAUCUUCGCUCAAGUUGCCCAGGAGCAGAACGAGGCGCUGCAGGGGCGCAACAUGUUCGUGAUGGAGACGGAGAACGGCGGGACGGAGGACAGCCCCGUGGGCGUGCGGCGGUUCCUGGUGCGACCGCUGAGCAACGGCGUCCCGGAGUGCGUCGACAUCACCGCGGGCGAGGCGCUAACGCCCGACAUCCGCAUGCGCGUCAAGUUCGAGUGGAGGAUGGUGCAGUGA